CCCAAAACACCCAAAAACAUCAUUAAACCCCUAGGAAAAUCCAAAAGAAGUCUUGUCGCGCCUAAAAGAGAAACUCCAAACAUCGUUCAAAUUCAAUAUCAUUAACGACUAGUUUUGAUCACUAAGAGAAAACAACUACUACACCAUGAGAGCAAAUCUUAGAGCAUCACUGAAGCUUGUAACUUCUUCUUCACCUAAUAAUCAUUCACUAUGUACUAUUCGAUCUUUGUCUACAGCAAAAAUAACAACCCAUUUGAAAGAGGAGACCUUUUUCGAAUCCUCAAACAAAGACCAACUGAUUAAGCGGUUAUGUAAAGAAAACAAAUUCAACGAAGCCCUUCAAAUUCUUUGCGAGCAAAGGCGUUUAAAAGAAGCCAUUCAAUUGCUCGAACGUCACGAAACCCGUCCUUCAGCUACAGCUUUUUCGACCCUUUUGCGAAUGUGCACAGAAAGUCGGGCUCUUGACGAGGGAAAGAGAGUUCAUAGGAGUAUGAAAUGUUCAGGUUUUAGACCUGGGGUUGUAUUAUCUAAUCGGAUUCUCGAUUUUUAUUGCAAAUGUGAUAAACCUUUUGAUGCACACGACCUGUUUGUUGAAAUGUCUGAGAGGGAUUUGUGUUCUUGGAAUAUUAUGGUCUCUGGGUUUGCUAAACUGGGUUUGAUUGAUGAAGCUACGAAGUUGUUCGAUGAAAUGCCCGAGAAGGAUAACUUUUCUUGGACUGCGAUGAUCUCGGGUUAUGUAAGGCAUAAUAAGCCUGAAUGUGCAUUGGAAUUGUAUAGAGUGAUGCAGAGGGAUGAGGAUUUUAAGUGUAAUAAAUUUACGAUCUCGAGUGCUCUUGCUGCUUCUGCUUCUAUUCAGUCUUUACGUUUGGGAAAGGAGAUUCAUGGUCAUAUUGUGAGAACUGGGUUGGAUUCUGAUGCAGUUGUUUGGAGUGCGUUGAGUGAUAUGUAUGGAAAAUGUGGUAGCGUGGACGAAGCUAGGCAUAUUUUUGAUAGGACUAAAGAUAAGGAUGUUGUUUCGUGGACAGCUAUGAUUGAUAGGUACUUUGGAGAUGGGAGGUGGGAGGAAGGUUAUUUGCUGUUUUCACAUUUGAUGGAGUCGGGGAUUAGGCCUAAUGAUUUUACUUUUGCUGGAGUUUUGAAUGCGUGUGCGCACCAAACGACAGAGCAUUUGGGAAAACAAGUACAUGGGUACAUGAUGCGUAUUGGCUUUGAUCCUUGUUCGUUUGCAGCAAGUACCUUAGUUCAUAUGUACGCCAAAUGUGGUAGUGUAGAUAGUGCAUAUAAGGUAUUUAAGCGGCUCCCAAGGCCCGAUGUAGUUUCUUGGACCUCAUUGAUUAAUGGUUACGCUCAAAAUGGACAACCUAAUGAAGCUCUUCGGUUGUUUGACUUAUUGCUUAAAUCUGGUACUCAGCCUGAUCAUAUUACUUUUGUUGGCGUUCUUUCUGCUUGCACUCAUGCAGGUUUAGUCGAUGAAGGGCUUGAGUAUUUUUACUCAAUAAAGAACAAGCAUCGUCUAACCCAUACUUCAGACCACUAUGCUUGUGUGGUUGAUCUCCUGAGCCGAUUUGGCAGAUUUAAGGAGGCUGAAGAGAUUAUUAGUCAGAUGCCAAUGAAGCCUGAUAAGUUUUUGUGGGCUUCCUUGCUUGGAGGAUGCAGAGUCCAUGGAAAUGUUGAACUAGCAAAGAAAGCUGCUGAAGCACUAUUUGAAAUUGAGCCCGAGAACGCAGCUACUUAUGUUACCAUUGCAAACAUAUAUGCCACUGCUGGAAAAUGGACUGAAGUGGCAAAAAUCAGACAAGUCAUGGAAGAGAAAGGUGUGGUGAAGAAGCCAGGUAUAAGUUGGAUUAAUUUGCAGAGAAAAGUCUACAUUUUCUUGGUCGGUGAUAAAUCACAUCCUAGGUCAAAGGAAAUAUAUGACUUCUUAGGGGAGCUGUGGAGGAGAAUGAAAGAAGAGGGAUAUGUCCCUGACAUAGACAAUGUGCUGCAUGAUGUGGAAGAGGAACAGAAAGAGCAAAAUCUCUCCUAUCACAGUGAAAAACUUGCAGUCGCCUUUGGAAUUAUUGCUACUCCACCUGGAACACAGAUAAAGGUUUUUAAGAAUCUACGGACUUGCGUUGACUGUCACACUGCGAUCAAAUAUAUCUCUCAAAUUGAAAAGAGAAGAAUUAUUGUGCGGGAUUCCAGUCGGUUUCACUGUUUUGAGGGUGGGAGUUGUUCGUGCAAGGACUAUUGGUGAUUUUCUCCUUUUUUUAAAGGAAGCUACAGAAAGCAAAACUAUCAUGUCUUGAUAUUGAACUGGAAUGGUUUUGCAACAAAUUGUGUUAUUCUAAGGAGAUGCAAUUGGUACAAGGAUAUGGUUGGACUCUCGUAUCCCUUGGCAUUUGCUUCUGGAAAAAAGUAAUUUCUCUUCAAGUAACUUUCACGAGACAGCUUUUGGGUGCUUUUUCAGUGAUGUUUGCGACAUUGUAGCAUCUUCUCUUGGAUGAAAUACACUACUUAUCACGAGCGAUACCAAUUUGUCCACAGGUAUUAUUUGAAUAUUGAUCUAAUUAACAAUUUACGCCCUUCAAGAGGAAAAAUUUAUUUUGAAGCGAAUAUAUUACAGAAUAAGGAAGAUAUGAUAUUGCAGUCCAUCACAAAUGUUAUUUUUGUUAUGGGACCUUUUCCACAGGAGAUCAGCGGAAAUAACAUAGGAGAUCAUUUGUAGGUAUUCUAAAAUGCUUGUAAAUAAAACACAUGAAUUGUAAGUGACAUAGGAGAUCAUUUAUAGGUAUUCCAAAAUCUUGAUCCAAGGUCCAGAUGCUAAAAGAAUAAAAUAAAACACGCCCUUUUUUCCAAUGACUUCCUUUGAAUGGAAUGUAAAAAUGAUCUUUGAAAUUUCAUAUUGCUUUUGAUAGAUGCUUUUAUAUUAAACUAAGUUCCCUUCUUUCUUAAAUAUGUCCCCCAUUUGGUGAUGGAGGAAAGGAGUUUUGCUCAGAUGGCUUUCGUCCUGGCCUUGGAGCUUUUUGCUAUUAGAAGAACGGAUCCCUGAAAUUCGGACCAUUGUUGUGCACUCCAUAUAUUUCUAUGAUGUAGUCCCCAGAGCUUGGUCUUAGUGGUAAGAGCGCAACACAUGAUGUGUCAAUUAGGUUGUCACAAGCUUGAACCCUGUGACAAGAACCUGGUACCUGGUAUUUUAGUGGAGACGGGUAUAUGGGUAGACUCAUUAUAAGAGUUGCUAUGACUUCUUCGACUAUGUUAUGAAUGUUUCGACUUAAAUGAAGUUUUACUAACACUAUGAGAAUCUCAUGUGAACUUUAAGACUUGUUUGAACAAUCAUUUUUUCUGUAUAGAGCUGGAGAGCACGACUUGAAGAAGAAGCUAGAGAGAAACAGAGUUACUGUUCUAUUGAAAAGAGAAAUGAACUGUGUGUACAUUUGAGUCUAUACAGUGUAUUUAUAUUUUAUAUACUACUAAUUAGUUACUAACCUCCUAACUAACUUGCUAACUGCCUAACUAAUAAGUUUAACUAACUCUUCACUUAACCACCUAGAAAAACUAUAGUUUGUUAGUUCGACUACUCUCAA